AUGACUGAUAAUAUUAUCGAUGUUCCACCUAAAAUCAACAUUGUUGAAACUGAAUUUGUAGACAUUGACGAAGAAAUUUAUAAAAUGAUAUUAAAUUACCAAAAUGAAGAGAUAGCUGAAAGUUCAUCCGUUCAGUUAUCAUCCAACAUAGACUCAAUCUCUUCGGCAAAAAGUCUUUCAUGUUUAUCAUCCAGUAACAACUUAGAAAGUAAUUCUUCUCCUUGUUCUUCGCCCGGCACCAAAUCAAGCUCCAGUACUGGAUCAAGCUCUUUGUUAAUGGACUCUUCUUUGAUUGAAAGCUCACCUUGUUUGUCGAGAUCCUUAUCAAAUUUAUCAACCAGUACAUUAUGCUCUUCAACUUCAUCACCUUGUUCACUUCGUAGAUUGUCAACAUCCAGUACUUUAUCUUCAUCCAGUACAUUGUCUUCGUCAAGUUCAUUUUCUUUAAGUUCAAAGCCCGCUUCUAAUGAAUCCUCCAGCUUGUCUUCAACAGGUCUACAAAAUGUAGAUAUAGAGAGAGUCAGUCAGAUAAUAUAUGAAACCACAAUAGGCACACCAUUUUUCACAAAUGAGACAAGAAAAAAUGAAGAAUUAAAUAGCAAACUCAAAGGGAUGCUUAAAAAAUAUGAAACACUUAAAGAGAAAGACCUAACAUUAAACUGGGCCAAUAUUAACCAGUUGAUAAACGAAUUUGAGCGUAACAGAGAUUUAUCUCGUAUAAUAGUUCAUAUUGAUAUGGACGCAUUUUAUGCAUCAGUUGAAGAAAAGGAUAACCCAGAAUUGCAUAAUCAACCAAUGGCUGUCGGGGAUGAAUCAAUGCUCUGUACAGCAAAUUAUGAAGCUAGAAAGUAUGGAAUAAGAAGUGCAAUGCCAGGUUUUAUAGCAAAAAAAUUAUAUCCAGAUUUGAUUAUAAUUCCAGUUCAUUUUGAAAAGUAUUAUACAGUAUCUAGUCAAAUUCGAAAAAUAUUUAAGAAAUAUGAUCCUGAUUUUUAUCCAAUAAGUCUUGAUGAGGCAUAUUUGGAUAUUACGGAACAUUUAAGAACAACUAAUAAGUCACCAAAUAAUCUGGUAAAAGAAAUCAGAGAUGAAAUUUAUAAAGAGACAAACUUGACAUCAAGUGCAGGGAUUGCAGCUAAUAUGUUGUUAGCUAAGAUAUGUUCUAAUGUAAAUAAACCAAAUGGACAAUUUCAAAUUCAAAAUGACCGUAGUCAAAUAAUUGAAUUUAUUCGAAAUUUACCAGUUCGUAAAGUCAAUGGAAUUGGUCGUGUCACAGAAGCCCUUUUGCAUGCACUUGGAAUAAAAACGAUGGGUGAUGCAUAUUUCCAACUUGCUUAUAUACAUAAAUUAUUUACACCAUGUUCAUUUGAGUUUAUAAUGCAAGCAUCAAUUGGAAUUGGCUCAACAAGUGUGAAAUUGUAA